AAAACCUCCUUCCGGUAUCUGACUAAAACGUCCGGCUCAAUUUAAUUCCUCCCUCCCGCAGGACUGGGUCAGCGUGGGAGGGUUAGAGGCGGAGCGAGGGUAGAAAUGGCGUCUCCGGCGAGGGGCAACCACGUGUGGGUGGGAUCUGAGACGGGUAUCCUGAAAGGGAUCAACCUACAGAAGAAACAGGCCACAAACUAUAAGUCGGGGGAUGCGGUGCUCAGUCGACAUGAAGCUGUUACUUCCAUGUGUUGGGGGGAUCCCUAUGAGUCCGAGAUCUUUGUGGGAUGCCUUGAUGGAUCGGUCAGAUUGUUCAGCACUGAGAAGGGCAAGUUUACUGAGUCCCGAGACUGUCUAGGAGGCGAGGGGCCCUUUUGUGGCUUGGCUGUGCUUGACAACUCCCUUGUCACGUGUGUACAGUCCGGCUUGCUGAAGGUCUGGCGGGAUGCUUCCUCUGAAAACGUGGAGAUCCAGGUGGGCUCCGGUGUGUGCCGCAUGCGCCAGAACCCAGAACAGCCUCACCGCAUGGCCACAGGUGGGAAGGAGAACUGUCUCAAGGUGUGGGACCUACACCAGCCGCAGGAACCCAUUUUCCGAGCCAAAAAUGUGCGGAACGAUUGGCUUGACCUGAGAGUGCCUGUCUGGGUCCGGGACGUGCAGUUCUUACCUGGAUCAGAGAAAAUUGUUACCUGCACUGGACACCACCAGGUCCGGCUCUAUGAUCCCAGCUCCCCGCAGCGGCGCCCUGUGUUGGAGGCCACUUUCAGCGAGUACCCACUCACUGCCCUCUCGCUGACUCCGGAUGCAAACGCUGUUGUCGUGGGCAGCUCACGAGGGGAUGUGGCAGUCAUCGAUCUUCGGCAAGCAGGGCGGUUGGUGCAGUGCCUCAAGGGCUUUGCUGGCAGCGUGCGUGCCAUCCAGUGCCACCCUAUGCUUCCGCUGGUGGCCUCAUGCGGGCUGGACCGUUUCCUUCGCGUGCACAGCCUCCAGCACAAGCGCCUGGAGCAUAAGGUGUAUCUGAAAUCUCGAUUGAACUGCCUGUUGCUGACCAGCAGAGAGAAAUGGGAGGAGGAAGGCCUCGACCCUUCAGCUGACGUCCAGAGUGACGUGAAGGAGGAAGAGGAUGAAGAUGAGAUCUGGGCCUCCAUGGAAGUGGUGGCCACCAAGCGGAAAGCGGAAGCACAGCCAUGCUCCAACGUGGGGAGUGAGGCACCCCGAAAGGACAAAGCCCUCAAAAAGCAUAAGAAGAUUAAAAAAGCUGAAUCCUGAUACCUUGGGGAGGGGGGUGCCAGGGAGAUGGCCUGUACCUUUUUGAUAACAGAGGCGGCAGGUGCCAAAGCUCCGGGAUCUAGACUCAGACAUGAGUUUGUCAUGAGCAAAGGCCUUGGAUAAUCAAUGGGGAAGAGACGCAGGGUGAUUCUGAGCUGCCCUCUGCUGCUCUGUAGGACAGUUUUGCCACGGGAGGUCUUAUGACCUCAUGCCAGCCCCAAGAUGAUUGUUUGGGCCUGAGGGGCUUACGUGGCCAGAAUUAGAUGUUGUGCAGCAGAGGCUCCAUUUCCAGACUCUAAUGGGACGGCAAGUUUGUUUGUCCCCAUGUAUGUGUAUGAAAUCUCCAUUUCACUUCUCUGGGCUCAUAUUGGCUGCUGUGCAGUUCAGACUACUUGAUUUUAUUAAAAUGUACCUUCUUGCACAAGA